AUGACCUCCCUCCCCGGGUGCAUUGGUUUGAAUGCAGCAACAGCUGCAGUGGGGUCUGAAGAGAUUGCAGAGCUGCAGAAAGCAGUGGUUGAGGAGCUAGGUAUUUCUAUGGAGGAACUUCGACAGUUCAUUGAUGAAGAACUGGAAAAGAUGGACUGUGUACAGCAGCGCAAGAAGCAACUAGCAGAGUUGGAGACAUGGGUAAUACAGAAAGAAUCUGAGGUUGCGCACGUUGACCAGCUCUUUGAUGAUGCAUCCAGGGCAGUGACUAAUUGUGAGUCUUUGGUGAAGGACUUUUACUCAAAACUGGGACUACAAUACCGGGACAGUAGCUCUGAGGAUGAAGCUUCCCGGCCUACAGAAAUAAUUGAGAUUCCUGAUGAAGAUGAUGAUGUCCUCAGUAUUGAUUCAGGUGAUGCUGGGAGCAGAACUCCAAAAGACCAGAAGCUCCGUGAAGCUAUGGCUGCCUUAAGAAAGUCGGCUCAAGAUGUCCAGAAGUUCAUGGAUGCUGUCAACAAGAAGAGCAGUUCCCAGGAUUUACAUAAAGGAACCUUGAGUCAGAUAUCUGGAGAACUGAGCAAAGAUGGUGACCUCAUAGUCAGCAUGCGCAUUCUGGGCAAGAAGAGAACUAAGACGUGGCAUAAAGGCACCCUUAUUGCCAUCCAGACGGUUGGGCCAGGAAAGAAGUACAAGGUGAAAUUUGACAACAAAGGAAAGAGUUUACUGUCGGGGAACCAUAUUGCCUAUGAUUACCACCCUCCUGCUGACAAGCUGUAUGUGGGCAGUCGAGUGGUGGCCAAAUACAAAGAUGGGAAUCAGGUCUGGCUCUAUGCUGGCAUUGUAGCUGAGACACCAAACGUCAAAAACAAGCUCAGGUUUCUCAUUUUCUUUGAUGACGGCUACGCUUCCUAUGUCACACAAUCUGAACUGUAUCCCAUUUGCCGGCCACUGAAAAAGACUUGGGAGGACAUAGAAGACAUCUCCUGCCGAGACUUCAUAGAGGAAUACAUCACUGCUUACCCCAACCGCCCCAUGGUGCUACUCAAGAGUGGCCAGCUUAUCAAGACUGAGUGGGAAGGCACAUGGUGGAAGUCCCGAGUUGAGGAGGUGGACGGCAGCCUAGUCAGGAUCCUCUUCCUGGAUGACAAAAGAUGUGAAUGGAUCUAUCGAGGCUCUACACGGCUGGAGCCCAUGUUCAGCAUGAAGACAUCCUCAGCAUCUGCGCUGGAGAAGAAGCAAGGGGGACAGCUCAGGACACGUCCAAAUAUGGGUGCUGUGAGGAGCAAAGGCCCUGUGGUCCAGUACACCCAGGAUCUGACCAGUACUGGAACCCAAUUCAAGCCACUGGAGCCCCCACAGCCUACAGCCCCACCUGUCCCGCCUGCCCCACCUCUGUCCCCCCAGGCAGGUGACAAUGAAAGCUUAGAAAGCCAGCUUGCCCAAUCACGGAAGCAGGUAGCCAAAAAGAGUACUUCUUUCCGGCCAGGAUCUGUGGGCUCUGGUCAUUCCUCCCCUACAUCCCCUGCACUCAGUGAAAAUGCCCCUGGUGGGAAACCUGGGAUCAACCAGACAUAUAGAUCACCUUUAGGCUCAACACCCUCUGCCCCAGCACCCUCAGCACCCCCAGCACCCCCAGCCCCUCCAGCCCCUCCAGCCCCUCCAGCCCCUCCAGCCCCUCCAGCCCCUCCAGGCCCUCCAGCCUUCCAUGGCAUGCUGGAGCGGGCCCCGGCAGAGCCCUCCUACCGUGCGCCAAUGGAAAAGCUCUUCUACUUACCUCAUGUCUGCAGCUAUGCUUGUCUGUCUCGAGUCAGACCUAUGAGAAGUGAGCAAUACCGGGGCAAGAACCCUCUGCUAGUUCCACUACUAUAUGACUUCCGGAGGAUGACAGCCCGGCGCCGAGUUAACCGCAAGAUGGGUUUUCAUGUUAUCUAUAAAACACCCUGUGGCCUCUGCCUUCGGACAAUGCAGGAGAUCGAACGCUACCUUUUUGAGACUGGCUGUGACUUUCUCUUCCUGGAGAUGUUCUGUUUGGAUCCAUAUGUUCUUGUGGACCGGAAGUUUCAGCCCUAUAAGCCUUUUUACUAUAUUUUGGACAUCACGUAUGGGAAGGAAGAUGUUCCCCUAUCCUGUGUCAAUGAGAUUGACACAACUCCCCCACCCCAGGUGGCCUACAGCAAGGAGCGAAUCCCGGGCAAGGGUGUUUUCAUUAACACAGGCCCUGAAUUUCUGGUUGGCUGUGACUGCAAGGAUGGGUGCCGGGACAAGUCCAAGUGUGCCUGCCAUCAGCUAACUAUCCAGGCUACAGCCUGCACCCCAGGUGGCCAAAUUAACCCUAACUCUGGCUACCAGUACAAGAGACUAGAAGAGUGUCUGCCUACAGGAGUUUAUGAGUGUAAUAAACGCUGCAAAUGUGACCCAAACAUGUGCACAAACCGGUUGGUACAGCAUGGACUACAGGUUCGGCUACAGCUAUUCAAGACACAGAACAAGGGCUGGGGUAUCCGCUGCUUGGAUGACAUUGCCAAAGGCUCCUUUGUCUGUAUUUAUGCAGGCAAAAUCCUGACGGAUGACUUCGCAGACAAAGAGGGCUUGGAAAUGGGUGAUGAGUACUUUGCCAAUCUGGACCAUAUUGAGAGCGUGGAGAACUUCAAGGAAGGAUAUGAGAGUGAUGCCCCCUGUUCCUCUGACAGCAGUGGUGUAGACUUGAAGGACCAGGAAGAUGGCAACAGCGGUACUGAGGAUCCCGAAGAGUCCAAUGAUGAUAGCUCAGAUGAUAACUUCUGUAAGGAUGAGGACUUCAGCACCAGCUCAGUAUGGCGCAGCUAUGCUACCCGGCGGCAGACCCGGGGCCAGAAGGAGAAUGGAUUGUCUGAGACAGCUUCCAAGGAUUCCCGCCCCCCAGACCUUGGGCCCCCCCAUAUUCCUGUCCCUCCAUCAAUCCCUAUAGGUGGCUGCAAUCCACCUUCCUCUGAAGAGACACCCAAGAACAAGGUGGCUUCGUGGUUGAGCUGCAAUAGUGUCAGUGAAGGUGGCUUUGCUGACUCCGAUAGCCGUUCAUCUUUCAAGACUAGCGAAGGUGGGGAAGGCCGGGCUGGGGGAGGCAGAGGGGAGGCUGAGAAGGCCUCCACCUCAGGGCUGGGCUUCAAGGAGGAGGGAGACAUCAAGCAGGCCAAGAAAGAGGACCCUGAUGACCGAAACAAGAUGUCAAUAGUUACUGAAAGCUGUCGAAAUUAUGGUUAUAAUCCUUCUCCUGUGAAGCCUGAAGGACUUCGCCGCCCCCCUAGUAAGACUAGUAUGCAUCAGAGCCGACGACUCCUGGCCUCUGCUCAGUCCAACCCUGAUGAUGUCCUGACACUGUCCAGCAGCACAGAAAGUGAGGGGGAAAGUGGGACCAGCCGAAAGCCCACUGCUGGUCAGACUUCAGCCACAGCGGUUGACAGUGAUGAUAUCCAGACCAUCUCCUCUGGCUCUGAAGGGGAUGACUUUGAGGACAAGAAGAACAUGUCUGGUCCGUUGAAGCGCCAAGUGGCAGUAAAAUCAACCCGAGGCUUUGCUCUUAAAUCAACCCAUGGGAUUGCCAUUAAAUCAACCAACAUGGCUUCUGUGGAAAAGGGGGAAAGCGCACCUGUUCGUAAGAACACACGCCAAUUCUACGAUGGUGAGGAGUCUUGCUACAUCAUCGAUGCCAAGCUUGAAGGCAACCUGGGCCGUUACCUCAAUCACAGUUGCAGCCCCAACCUGUUUGUCCAGAAUGUCUUCGUGGAUACUCACGAUCUUCGCUUCCCUUGGGUGGCCUUCUUUGCCAGCAAGAGAAUCCGGGCUGGGACAGAACUUACUUGGGACUACAACUACGAGGUGGGCAGUGUGGAAGGCAAGGAGUUGCUCUGCUGCUGUGGGGCCAUCGAAUGCAGAGGGCGUCUUCUUUAGAGGACAGCCGCCUUCUGAACCCUUCCUGAACUGUCCUUUCCUCAGGAACUGGGUCCUCCUGACUGUUGAACUCUGACUCCCAAGUCUCCGGUCUAGCUACUCCCCCAGCUCCUAGUAGAUAGAGAUGGGGGUUUUGGGUCAGGAGAUCCCUUCCAAUGUGGUGCUAGCAGGCAGGGUCCCUCCUCCACUAGGGGGCGGGGAGAGGUUACCACUCUAACCUGGGCCUGACGUCCUUUCAGUCCUGGCGCUCAUCCCUCCCAUCCUGCCUUUGUUCAAGUGUUCAUGCUUCUAACAGACUUUAUUCCUGGAAUGAGGGCUGUGUAUUUACUAUCCCUGGUUUGUAUUGUUUCUUGAAUACAAGAAAAAGAUGUUAAAACUAAGAUUGUGAUUUGAUUUCUCUCCCUCAGCCCCCAUACUCCCAAUUCUGGGUCUUUCGAUGAGAAAUCUGUUUCCCCCCAUCCUUCCCAAUCAGCAGCUGUCAUUAAUCUCAUACCUUCUGUACCUUUGUGUUUUCUUAUUUGCCAUGUGAAAUUUAAAAAAGAAAAUGUUACAUAACCAUGAGGAAGGCAUGAGGAAGACUACCUUAGUUUAUUUAGUUGAGCCCCCUUUUCAAUUCCUAAUAGUCUCACACACUUGUUGCUAUGUUUUACUUAAUCUUUAAUAUAUUUUAAUUAAAAAAAACCAUUAACAGUACAUUUUGGUCUGAAAUGGUCCCUCUGCUGAAAUGCCAGGUGCUAGCUGUAAUUCUGGCUUUAGAACCAAAACCCCGAAUGUUUAAUAAAUAAAAAUUAGAACUAGUUGCCAUUCUACUCCAAACCAGCUAGCCUAGGGGAAGAGGCCAGAGAAAGGAGGCAGUACGAUCUUGGACCUGUGACUAUAGGGACAGCUGGCAGAGAGGUCACACAAAGACCAUCUGAGCAGUUCCCAGUAUGGCCCCCACUUUUUGGCAGAGGUAGGGUAAGGGUCAUGUGCACCCUCCUACACUCAAUUCACUUGCGUCUUAGGAGGG